AUGGGGCUGACCCCGCCGCGCGCGAACCCGACGACCGCACAGGGCCAUGCCGACGUCAUCAACGCUGCAGCCCAAAACAACGUGCUCCUGAACGAGGGCGCGCUGGCGGAGGAGCACCGCGCAUACGAACGUGCAAUCGGCGCGGGACGCGCCAGGGUGCUCCCGCCGGCCUUGGGACGUCAAAACAGAGCUGCGAGACACCCGGGCCUCGCGGCGGUUCCCGAUGCACCAGGACCGUCUGGUGCAGACGACUCGGACGGCGAGUGGUACCUCGACCUCGACACGAUCACCUGGCGCCGCCGCUCGCCCCCGCCCGCCGCCGCCGCCCCAAACACAGCAGCAGCAGCAGCCCCAGGCGCAGGCGCAAGUGCAGCCCCCAGGUCAGACGCAGGUCCUUCCUCAGCCGUGCCCGGAGGUUCACAUCCCACAGGUCCGCGUCCCACGCCCCCCGCCAAGCGGCCGCGCGGCCGGCCGCGGCUGCCCGACGCGCUCAAGAAGCGGCCCGCGCCGACCGGCAGGCCCCGCGGGCGCCCGCCGCUCCCGGCGCACUUGCGCAAGCACGCGCCGCGGACGCGGACGGGCGUGCCAGGCGGCGGGCAUGAGGGCCCUGGUGCUGUUGGUGCGGGGGCGGGGGGAGAGCCGAGGAAGCACCCCGUGGAGGCGCAGGCGCAGCCCGCGGCAGCACCACCACCACCACCACCGAGACCGAGCACGCCCCCCGCCGCGCCCGUGUCGCUGCUCGACAUCCAGCGGCCGCUCACGCCGACGCUGCUGCUCCGCCGCCGCGCGAACCUGCACGCGCACGUGCUCUCUGAAUCUGAAGGGUCGUCGCUCACGCUCGUCCAGCCUGGCGCGGCGCCCGAGCCCGAGAACGCGAGCGAAGCUGAGAACGCGCCGCGCCGCGAGGAGGCAGAAAACGCGGAGGACGUCGUCAUGGAGUACGUCGACCUGAGCCAGUGGGGCCGAGAACCUGGGGCCGAGGCCGAAGCUAAGGCGGCAGCGGCGGCGCGCCCGCAGAGCACAACGAGCAAGGCGGCCGCUCAGGCGGCGUUCAACGCGGCCGACUUCGAGCCGUCGCCGUUCGUCACUUCGGUGCCGAGCACGCAAGAAGCGACGCGACGCGACAUACCCCCCGCCGCCUCCGCCCCCACCACCGCGGCACAGCAGGCGCCGUACCAGUCCCUGACGUGGCAGCUGCCCAUCACGGGUGCGCCCCGCACCCAACCGCGGCCUAGCUCUUGCGCGCCGUCUGAGUCGGCCGCGGGGGCGGAACGGAGGGUGCGGCCGCUGCGGAGGCAGCAGUCGGCGGGGACUGCCCCUUGUGCUGACCGGGCGGAGGCGGCCCCUCGUGCACCUGCCGAGCCGCGUCACAGCGCGCAGGGCCCCAGCCCCGACCACGAGCCUCCCGCCACCGCUGCCACCGCCACCGUCACUGCACCGUACGCGCCGCGCCUACAGACGCAUGAAGAGCUGUGCGCGCAGAAUCCCGAGCAGUUUACCGAGGUCUCCUCGUUCGUGCGGGGGCCGCCGCCCCCUCCCGUGCGGGUUGCCGAGGUCUGGGGCGCCGUGCAGGAUGUGGCCCCUGCGCACACGCCAGAGGCGCACCAGGCUCCGUAUCCGUGGACGCAGCAUCAGGCGGCUGCCCUCCACCACCCUUCGCACCAGAGUCAGAUCCCGCCGCCGCCCCUGCCCCAGCCGCCUCAGUCCGUGGCCCAUGCAGGAGACCCGGCGUCGAGCAGUCAGACUGUACCACAUUCACCUGCGCCCGCGCCCCAGCUUGCUUUCCAUCAGCAACAGCAGCAGGGGGUCCAGCCCCGAGCGCCACCCGACGAAGUGCCUCUCCACGCCCAACCUCAAGAGCAGCCCGAACCCAACCCCGACCCCGACCCCGACCCGAACCCCGACCCCGAUCCGGACACAGAGGCCGCAGAGGCCGUAGAAGAAGCCGCAGAAGCAGGCGCGUCGGCGGCAGCGGUGGACCUCGCGGACGACGUCUCGGUGCCGGAGUACCAGUCGCGCGCGGACCUGGCGGCGGCGCUCGUGGCGUACGUCGGUGCGCACCCGCACGCGCGGGCGCCGGGCCCGUUCUUCGUCGGCUCGUACGCCAUCGUCGUCGACGCCAAGACGCGCCUCGGCGAGCCGUACGCGCGCGGCGUCGCGGGCCUGCUCCGCGGCGAGCUGCGGGAUCGUGGCGGGUGGGGGUUUCGGUCGCAGGCGGACACGGUGUACACGUCGUACCGGGACGGGAGCGUGCACCUGUCGUACGGGUGUGCGUGCACGUACCGGCCGGCGGAGCAGGCGCGCACGUGUGGCGGGCGCGUGCACUUCGGCGUGCAGGACAUGAAGGGCGCGACGGUCUAUGCUGGCGUCAAGGGCGUGCGGGUCGCGGUGAGGGUCGAGCAUUGA